UUACACGAAUUCCCAAAAUACUCGGAGGUGGGCGAUAGAAAAUCCGCAUGAAAUAUUUAGUACCCCACUACAUUCUCAAAAAAUCGGGGUAUGGUGUGCGAUAUCGCGAAGAAGAAUAAUUGGCCCUAUAUUUUUCGAUAGAACUGUUACAUCGGAAGUUUACAUAAGGUGUCAAGGGCUUUGCAAAUUUCUUAUCUACUUUGUAUUUAUCAUUCCAGUAUUCGUGUUAUUCAGUUACCUGAACACACCCAUCCUUUGUGAGUAAAUCGAUGUAAAAUGAAACGUAACAUUUUACAGUUUUUCGACGAAUGUAUUGCAGCAAACGUUGGGCUUAAUAAAUCAGAGGGGGUACUUAUAUUGGAAGUACGGUCCAGCUGGCCUUUAAGGGAAACACCCUAUUACUGUGUUAUUUUAGCUUAUGAUUUAGGAAAUUAUUCUUCAUUCAGGCGAUUGUUGUGACCAUAAUGUUCAUUGCGUAUAUUUGCCCAGUCGUCUUCUUGUGCGUUCUGAAUAUACACGUGAUCUGUCAGUUUCGCAUCAUGCAAUAUAAAAUGUUGCAUUUCUGGAAUUCCGAUGUUAAAGCCACAGAUACAGUCAGAUACAGUGCUCAAUGCUCUGCAGCUUUGAAGAAAUGUAUUCAACAGCAUCAAUCGCUUAUUCAAUUCUGCGAGAAGCUCGAACACGUGUUCUCGUACACAGUUUUAUUUCAUAUGGUCAUUUUCAGUCUGUUAAUGGGUUUCGAUUGCUAUGAAAUAAUUUUGUCAGACACCUGUACUUCAAGACGUUUGCUUUUCGUGUUCCACGUAUUGGGUAGCUUUAUCCACUUAAUGAUAUUCACGUACACUUGCCACGGUUUGAUGGAAGAAAGCACAAAUAUUAUUACAGCGAUAUAUUUCGGAUCGUGGAAUACUUUGCCAAUGGAUAAAAUCGGCAGAUCGCUCCGAUCGGAUGUGAAAAUGAUUAUGACCAGGUCAUUAAAACCUUGUCGUCUGACUGCUGGUGGAUUUUUUCCUGUCUCCUUAGAGACCUUUACUGGGCUUGCAAGUUCCACGUUCUCUUACUUUACUCUGUUGAGGGAAUCGUUCAUGAGAAACGAAGGUUAAUAAUGUACAAAAUGGAUCUCUUAUGUAUUUAACAUAAAAAUGUAGUGUAGAAUUUUCUACUUAAAACAUAGUUUGCAUGUCUGUGUACAG